AUGAGUUCUGUUUGCGAUGUGCGGUUUGAUCAAACUACAAAGGCAUUCAAUGAUUACCGUCAAGAUCUCAGCGAGUCCGGCAUAUCUUUGAUGACUUGUUUCGAGAAGAAUAAGACGAGUAGGAUAACCAUCGAGGAUAAGAUACAAUAUUUCAUCAGACCACGCAGUAUAGAAGACCAGAAUUCACUGAGAAACGUGAAGGUCACAUCAGCGCAACAAAUCGCACUCAUGGCCAACCACAGGGCGAUGCAAGAGAUGAGCCGUCUCGAAGACCUGCAACUGCAGCGCGAGCUCAAGCAAAGCGUCCUUGAAUACAUCAUCGACUUGUACCAAUCAGCCUACCCCAACAACCAUGGCUUCUCCAUCCUCAUCUGCCGCCACGUAUUUGACCGCUCCUCUUCCAUCCCCGCUGCUGCCGCCUUAGGCCGCCGCAACGAUAGAGCAGACGAGUUUAUCAUGAUCCGCGCGGUUACACUCAGCGAGCCCGGAACGAAGAAGUGGACGCUCGUGGCUGAGAGCAGCAGGGCGUGCUUCGGUAUCGUACCUGCGUUGCAAGAGUUUUCCAAAGACUUGGAGCGCCAGAUGGGCAACAUGACGGCUUCGAUGAUGGUGGACAAGAAGAGACAGCGGAAUGAGAGGGAUGAGGGCUCAAUUGAUCAGGGUGAGUACAUGUCAGGACGUUCGCGCAAGAGGCAGAGGGAGAGAUCAUGA